AUGAACUCCACCACACCAGGAGCUUCCACCAACACCACAGGUCCUAACAUGUGGAUAACAAGCAAUUUAGAAAAUUGUAUGUUCAGCAUUAAUGUCUUGUUUGGUCUUCCUACACACUCCUAUAUCAUAUGGCUCAUCGUUAAAGGAACCGGAAGUGGAGUUGCAUCAGAGUUCUUCAACCUCAAUCUGUCCGUUUGUGAGAUUGGUGCCUGUCUGGAUUUUGUGUUUUUUGUCCUGGGGAACUGGAUUUUUUUUCUUCUUCUAUUAGCACUGUUUUUCCAAGGUUUUGCUAUCACUGGUCGUGCUCUGUUUCAGUGUCUGAUCUGUGUUGAGCGUUACCUGGCAGUGGUUCAUCCUGUAACCUUUCUGAAGUACAAACCUCUCAGAUAUAGAGUGAUCUGCUGCACUGUGGCCUGGAUCAUUAUUUUUGGCUCCUGUUUGGUCUGCAUGUUCACAUUAAUGUCAAAUAAUAUUAAUGCACAUACAUGGUUCUUCUCAAUACAGUUCAUUCUCUUCCUCUCCAUCCAGUUGUUUUGUCUUGUGGCUGUUCUCAGAGCUCUGAAGCAGUCAGGACCAGGAGAGAGAUGGAAAAAGAGAGAAGAGGAAAAUCACAUGAAGAGAAGAGCAUUUCAUCUCAUUUUAAUAACUACUGUGAACAUGGUUAUCACAUAUGUGCCAAUUAUCAUCUCAGGAGUAUUUAUAAUUCUGAAAAAACACUAUGAUUUAGCAUAUUGGGCCCCUGGUGUGGUUUGUUUUGUGCUGGCUGGUUUUGUUCAGCCUGUUCUUUAUCUGCACAGGGCUGAUGAAGUCAUUCCUUACUUUAUCAUUGUGGCGACUGUGACCUAUGACUGCGACAUUUGCGCUUCAGAGAUCAUUUAA